GGCGUGACGGCGCGCGCACGCCCGCAAUACUCGCCGCGGCAUGCCCGGGCCCGCUCGCAUCGCGCCGCGCAUCGACUAGACAAACCAAUCUUCCAGUGUUUACCUCUGCCUCCCAAUGAUGGUGCGACGCAGCGGACGAUACACCGUCAACUGGCGCGGGUUCAAAGACUUCGCGUUCGGAAACAAACCGCCGGACGAAGAAAAAGAAGAAAAGAAACCCGAAGACGAUUUAUCUAACCAUGAAGUGAUAUUUUUGAGAAGCAUAGUAGAAAGCCCAGAUUUUGGAAGGAAAUACGAGUCGCUUGAUAGUGAGGAGGAUUUGAUCGUGAAGCCCGUAUCCUUGGACAACGUCAACACAAUCCGGUUGCUGAGCGAGUAUCGAGGCAAUAACAUAAGGACUAUCGAACAAGCUGAACUUGCUAUAUUACUAUCUAGAGUACACUUAAGGGCUUUAAUAGAUGCACAUGACCAAAUAGGUGCCAUCUGGGUGGAACGAGGUUCCGGUAUUGAUGAGAAGGCAUUGAAGGAAACAAACAAAGACAUAGCUGAAGUUGAGAGCCCGGAAGAGAACGGAGACAUGCCUGUAGAGACUGUGAAAGUUGUUGGCCUCAGGAAAGUGCCUGGGCAACCACUAGGACUGACUGUAACAACCGAUGAACAUGGCCAACUGAUAGUAGCUCGAAUCCUAGCGGGCAGUGCGGCCGCGAAACAAGCGUUGCUGUCUGUAGGAGAUGUGUUAUUAGAAGUAGAUGGGGUGCAGAUAGACUCUGAAGAUCAGCUCAAAGAAGCCGUCAGCAAGCCCAACGACCGAGUCACGCUCAAAGUGGGGCCCAACCUUAAGGAGAAAAGCUUGCAACUCGCUAACAAACUUAGUUGUUAUAUGAGAGCAUUAUUUGAUUACGAUCCUACAGACGACACAUUACUGCCAUGCAAAGAAAUCGGAUUAGAAUUCAAGAGGGGAGAUAUAUUACAGGUGUCAGAUAGAAAAGACCCUAACUGGUGGCAAGCGAGCCACGUAGAAACCCCGGACGUGGUCGGCUUGAUACCGUCGCCAGAACUUGAGGAGCGACGCAAGGCUUACGUCCCACCGGAGGCAGACUUCGUUCAUAAAAUCAGCAUCUGUGGGGCGAGGAUAUCAAAAAAGAAGAAAAAGUUCGUAUACGAGUCGCGUUCCAGCGUGCAGCUGGAAGGCGCGGAGCUGGCGCUGUAUGAAGAGGUGGCGCGCACGCCGCCCUUCCUGCGCCGCAUUCUGGCGCUGGUGGGCACGCGCGGCGUGGGCCGCCGGACGCUCAAGAACCGCAUGAUACAGGAACACCCUGACAGAUUCGGAGCUGUUGUACCACACACGUCGCGACCGCCGCGGCCUCUAGAAGAGAAUGGCGUGUCGUACUGGUUCGUGUCGCGCGAGGAAAUGGAGCGGGACGCCCACGCCGGCCGGUUCCUCGAGCACGGGGAGCACAACGGACACCUCUACGGCACACACCUUGACUCCAUACGGGCUGUCAUUAAGGAGGGUAAAAUGUGCAUCUUAGACUGUGCACCGCAGUCCCUGAAGCUGUUACACAAUAGCAGUGAGUUUCUGCCUUACGUGGUAAUGGUGGCGGCGCCAGGCAUCGAACACCUUCGGAACCUCACCUAUGCAUCCAAUAGGAACUUGACGUUCGACAGACAGAGUUCGAUCCGCUUCAGUUCUCGGCGCGCGCGCACGCUCGAGUCGCUCGCAUCCUUGUAUGAGGAAGAAGACAUGAAGCAGACACUAGAGGAGAGCGCGCGCAUCCAGCGCCAGUACGAGAAGUACAUCGACCUGGCGAUCACCAACGUCAACUCAGACACCACCUACUCCAAGAUCAUGGACGCCCUACACAAGCUGUCCACCGACCAUCAAUGGGUGCCCGUCAGUUGGAUCUACUAGCCAACCUAAAUACAACAUGGUGGAAGGAAACCAGGUAUCUUUUAUACUAUUUUGAGGUUAUGCCAAUGGAACGCGAACAGUCACGAAUACUAAUAUGUACACACUUUGAUUCUAUGUCACAUUACCUUUUUGAAAAAUUAAACCGUAAGUCUCAUUAUAUGUCAAAAACGGCCUUUGUGGUCCAGUGGUUGAGCGUUGGGCUCACGAUCCGGGGUUCCCGGGUUAGAAUCCCGGUGGGGACAUAUCACAAAAAUCACUUUGUGAUCCCUAGUUUAGUUAGGACAUUUCAGGCUGAUGUAAGUAAGAUGAUCCGUGCUUCCGAAGGCAAUUUAAGCCGUUGGUCCCGGUUACUACUUACUGAUGUUUAGUAGUCAUUACAUGAGCCAUGUCAGGGGCCUUUGGUGGCUCAAUAAUAACCCUGACACCAGGGUUGAUGAGGUGGGUAAUCCACCAGUGCGACAGGGUUCUAAAGUGGGUACAUGAUAUUACUCAUGACUGUACGUAAGGUUCUUUGAAAGGGAUAAAUCUGUUAAUAUCCUCUCUCCAUACGCUUGUGAGCGGUGAUGUGCCGUUCGUUAAGAAGGCGCAAAAGUUAUAUCAAAGAGCUUUAUUACCUAGCCGGUAGCAGACAGGACCAGAGCAUAAGAAAAAUUUGAAAAAAGAAAGCAGCCAUUGUUCUUACUAUUAAAGUUUUUUUACAAUGGGGACAUUCCCCGGAAUGGCACAUCAUUUGUAAGGCCACGACGACGUAAAGAAAAGGCAUUCGCCGCAAAAGUCAUACUUUCCCAAAAUUCUGGUGUAAAUCCGUAACGGUUAAAUUACCUUAGAAACCAGACAAGUGCGAAUUGACACCGUAAUUAGACCUCAAAAUAAGUAAUGUACCUUGUUUUCUGAUACCAUGUGCUCUAGCAAGUAAUACACGGUCUUCCCGCACUCGAAUUAGGAAGCUAGUUGAUAGUGUAAAGAGUUAUUUUGCAAUGGCCGAAUAUGAGUUAUGAAAUGAUGAUGUAUUCUAUCCACGGGUAUUUUUAUGUUCACUUUACUACCUUAGCAUCAGUAUAAAAAUAUACUUAUAACAAUUUACACUUAAUUUACACAUCAAACCAAACAGCGUUAGAGCCAGUACAAAAUAAUUCUAUACAAAUCUAUUUGUUUGUCACUAGUGUCUGGCUCAAAAACUUUUAUUAAAAUAAUUAUAUAAUCGCUCAUAUAUUAUAACAUAAGACGUCAGAAGGACAAAGUACCUACUCGUGCGAUCCUUUAGCUAAAUUUGCUUGAUAUAAAAAUUAAUACUAGUUUCUAAAUCGGUGUGAGAGACCAACAUUUAGGAGGCGGGAAAGUAUUUUGAAAUUAUUUAAUCGGCCUAAUAAUCGAACGCAUUUUUUUUAUAUGUUUAAAGACAAUUUAUAUUUACUUUUUUACAACUGUUUUGUAUUUAGUUUACAUUAAAAUUUUAUACUUUAUAUCGUAUUAAUAUACAUCACAUGUAUUACAUUUCAAUUAAUCUCCUUGCCCGCUAAAUUCGAAUUUAUUACAAAAAGAGGUAGUGCGGGUUAUGUAGUAAAUAAUGUGCCGCAUGUUGCAGAAAAGAUAUAUACUUAUGAAAAAAGAAGUUAAUUCCAGUGACGCAUUAAUGUCACAUCAUAUAGAGCAACAUGGACCUCAUCAAAUAACCACACUUUUGUUACCAACUUAUGUUGUGUACUAUGUCAAAUGUCACAGCUUCUUUUACCUUUUCGCAAAUUUAGUAUUUCUACUGAAAGAAAUUAGGGUUAAAUAUAGUGUUCAAAAGAGAACUACCCACCUAAAACCCCAAUUGUGGUUCUUACCGCUUAGCAUACAACUGCGCUGACCUACAAUGAUCUUAUAUUAAGAGAGAUAAAACAUAGAUUUAAGUGAAAAAUAUUAGUUUUAAGUCUUUAUUAUACUUGGCAACUCCUUUUUUAAUAUGACAGUGUAAGAUAUUUUUAAUAUUUUGUAGAUCUCCCUUUAGGUAUGACGCAUUUUAUAAAAUUGUCUAAUUACCUAGAUUUUAAGUAAGAUCUUUUAUGGAUACUUAAGUCUUUAGCCAUCACGUUUUCAGUAUUAAUGAAUACAGUAUGUUACAGAAGAGUUGAGAUAUCGUGAAGACAUCAUGACAACUUAAGUCGUUUUGCACUCUUAUGUAAAAUAUUAUGCAUACUAUAAAAUUCUACAUCACAUUUUUAUAACAAUCACAUAAAUUAAGUUUAUUAUAAAAUCUCGAAAGGGAGGAAAAUGUAAAAUAAAUUAAAUACCUGCAAAAACAUGGUUUUCGAGGUCAUUAGAAAAAAGUGUUUUUCUAAUAGCAAUUAUUUUCUUGAAACUUGCUUGAAUGCUCUCUGCCACUGUAUAAGCUUGCGUCUUAAUAUUUUGUACUUCAUAAGUAUCCCACAUUCCGUCCAUUUUGUUUUGUUAGUUAGCUAUAAAUUUUAUUGUAUCGAUAAUGUUCAAUAUACAUUGUGUAACUGCAUUACCUUAUUUUAUUUUAUUUCAACAUAAUGUUGCAAAUGUUCAAGUAUUCAUUUAUAAUUAAAUUCAAUUAUAAGGAAAUAAAAAUAAACUGAUUGAACUUUUGUUACAA